AUUGUUAUUGUUAGUAUAAUAUUAAUAUUUUACGUGAAGAAUCAUGAAUAAUUUUAACAUGACAUGGAAAUGAAAAUGCACUUUUAAAAUUGUAUGAACCAUUAUUAUCCUUUUUACGUAUUGGGUGGGAGAUAUUGAUUUUCCGACCUGUUGAAUGUUUAGACGGCUAAUGAGUUCAAGAUCUCUUCUAGCGGAACUUGAAGAACAAUCUGUUGGAUUAUUGGGAAAUUCAAAUAUGGAAGCUAGAGCGGAACAUCAAAAAGUGAAACAAUACCAAACAUUAUAUACGUUUACAACAUGUAUUGGAGUCGGAGUUUGCAUCUUAAUGCUUGUCUGGGUUCUUCAUUUUAGACAAGGCCUUGCAUGGCAAUCACAACCAAGUCUGGAGUUCAACUGGCAUCCUCUUCUAAUGUGUAUAGGAAUGAUCUUUUGUUAUUCUCAGGCAAUCCUUUUAUACAGAACUGGAAGAAAUUAUCAAAAGAAAAACCUCAAGAUUCUUCAUGCAAUAUUAAAUUGCCUGGCGUUCAUUUUAGCAGUCAUCGCCCUCAAAGCCGUUUUCGACUCGCAUAAUUUACAAAAUACUCCGAAUCUGUACACGCUGCAUUCUUGGAUUGGAUUGGCCACUGUCAUAAUUUUUGCUGCACAAUUUUUAGCCGGAUUCCUCACCUUCUUAUAUCCAGGAUUAUCACCAACCUUAAGAACGACUAUUCUACCCAUUCAUGUAAUAUUCGGAACGAGUUGCUUUAUAGGAGUAAUAGUUGCAUCAGUAAGCGGACUCUUAGAAAAAGCAAUAUGGGCCGUUAAGGAUUACCAAAACUACGGCACAGAAGGAAUAUAUAUAAAUAUUAUAGGAACAUUUAUCAUUCUUUAUGGUAUUUUGGUGCUUUAUUUGGUAAACAAUGUAGAUUAUAAAAGAGUGGCUUUGGCUGAUGAUCAAAUGCCACUGGAAAGAUCCGAAUAAUCGUCUUAAGUUAUUAAAAAAAGUGGAAGUGCAAAAUCAUCAAAGUAAUAGUAGUUAUUAAAUAAAUAACUAAUUUGUUAUUAACUGAUUGAGCCUAUAACUAGUAGAAAUAUUAAUUUUAAAAAGCAUUUUCAUGUUCAUUAAGAGUAUUAAUCGAUCAAGUUAUCUAUUCCUUUAGAUAUCGCAAUGUAAAGAUCUAACAGUGAUAUGGGAGUGUUACACUAACGCAAAUUGCUGUUUUGUAACUGCUAAACUCGUAUCACAAUUUUGAAAACUGCUCCAAUUAAAAAAGUUUCUGCUAUAUUUCAUCGCAAUUGACGCAAAAUAUUUAAUGUGAUUGAGACACUGAAAAAUGACUGACUGAAAACAACUGUCUGUGCUCGUCCAGCGCCUUGCUAUCUUUGAUACUAUUUCUGAACAGCUUGUUUUGUUCCAAUGAGUAACUCUUUGUUAUCCCUAUGAGUAACUCUUUGUGCUUUGCCGCCAAGUUCUUUAAAAUUUGUUGUUCUCUGGAAGUAACUGAAAUUUUUCUGCCACACCGAACCGACGUAACAGAACGUUUAUCUUUAUGUUUUUUACCCAACCUUCAAACUGACGAUUGAGAUAUUACUCAAUUUCGUGCUAUUUCUCUUUGAUUAUACGUGUGUAAUGACAGUACUAUUACAAAAAUGCAAGGAAUAUAAUAAAAACGUAUUCAUAUGUUAUAUAGAUUUCCAAAAAGCGUUUGACGUAGUUUAACAUGGUAAACUCAUAAAUGCAUGAAAACACAUUGACCCAGGGCCCUGAUUCUAAUUGAGAUUUCGACUCAAAACAUAUCGAAAUUAAUAUGGCGACGUCAAAAUGCGACUUUGCGAGCCAAGUGGAUUUCAGCUGAACUAACCAAAGGACGUCACUAAUUUUCGAUUUAUCGAAAGUAAUUUCAACUUCAAGAAAGUGGUUGAAAUUUUAUUUCGAGUCGAAAUUAAUGUGUCAUGACUGGCUGGACUGGGAGAAGUGAGAUUAGGUUCAGUUUAGGCGGUGUUGUUUUGUUUGAUUCUUGCAAGGAAAACUGAGGCAAAAAGUAUUAAUAUGGCUGCGUUUUAUGAGAAAUUGUAUGUGAUUCGGCACAUAAUUGGUCGAAAUUUUGACACCUAUAAAAAUAGAACUGCAGUACCUGGGGGCCCAAGCCAAAUGCUAAUGAUUAUCUUUUAAAAUACUGUGGUGCAAAAAUUAAAGAAAUAAAAUGUCCCAAUAUUAAAACUAAAUUGGAAACCACAAUUUUUGAACAUAUUCAACAGACCGUAAUGGAAGAUAGAAAUAAUAAAUAAUUUGGUUGUAAUAAUGUAUUUGUUCUUUUUAUAAAUUAUGUGUUUGAUUGCCAUGCUCUUGAAAUUCUACUCUCUUAUUUGGAGAUAUAAAAUAAUCUUUAAACUCAUCACGAAUUUUUAGAGCGGUUAUGUAUUGUUUUUAGUAAUACAUCUCAUACUUUCAGUAGUUCCGAUGCUAUUUUAUCCAAUCCCUGUGAUUUAUUGUUUUUCAAUUUGGCUACUGCUGUUCUAAUCUUGGUUAUUGUUGGUGCCUGGUGGGCACUUUUCUCUGAUGUCUGCUUGGUCUAAUUGUAUAUCAAAGUUCUCCUCCAGCCGCCAUUAUGACAUAAGUUUUACGUUUUUGCGCACAAAUUGGCGCAUUUCUUGUACAAGAAACUGCAGCGGACACAAAUUCUUGUAUCGUUUCUGAUAUAAGAACUAUACGCUUGUAUGACACUAUUCAUUUUUUUAUUAUAUCAGAAACGAUAUAAGAAAUGAUACAAGAAAAUGCAUAGUGUCAUACGGC